ACGGAAGUGUUUUAUUUUGAACUUUGAGGUGAAUGACGGGCUAUGGAAACGCAGAUAAAGAGAGCUAAUAGUUGUUUUAACUUUUAGCUUUUAGAAAGGGGCUUCUGGUGCAGAGACGAUCUUCGACCGCGGGUUGCACCAGUCGGAAGGCGCCCGUUGACAGAGGGCAGGACGGGACUCUCCGAGCGGCGGGCUGGUCGGUGGAGGAGCAGCGGACCGUCAUGGACAGGACGGCCGUGGUAAAGGUCGGAGCCGCGGCCAGUGCCAGCGUCUGUGCUCUGUUCGGUGGAGUGGUUCUGGCGCAGUACAUCGUCGCCAAGAAGAAGCGAGCGGGCAAAAAAACCAGGAUCAUAGAGAUGAUGCCUCAGUUUGAGAAGACAACGGUCCACAUGAGGGACCCUGAGAGGGUGGAGCAGAUCAUCUGUGGUCUCAUCAAGGGAGGAGCUUCCAAACUACAGAUCAUCACAGACUUCGACAUGACGUUAAGCAAGUUCGCCAUCAAUGGCAAACGCUGUCCAACGUGUCACAAUAUCAUCGACAACUGCAAGUUGGUAACAGAGGAGUGCAGGCAGAAGCUGCUGCAGCUGAAGAAUAAGUAUUAUCCCAUUGAGAUCGACCCUAACCUCACCAUGGAGGAGAAAUACCCAUUCAUGGUGGAGUGGUAUUUCAAGUCCCACACACUACUUGUGGAGCAGCGAAUAGAAAAAGACAAACUGCCAGAGGUGGUGAGAGAGUCUGAUGCUGCACUCAGGGAAGGCUUUGAGCAGUUCUUUGAUCGCCUGCAGCAGCAUAACGUGCCUGUCUUCAUCUUCUCUGCUGGCCUGGGCGACGUCCUCGAAGAAAUCAUCCGCCAGGCUGGAGUCUACCACCCCAACGUCAAGGUCGUCUCCAACUUCAUGGACUUUGAUGAUAAUGGCGUCUUAAAGGGUUUCAAAGGCGAGCUGAUCCACGUGUACAACAAACACGAUGGUGCCCUGCGGAACACAGAAUACUUCAAACAGCUGAAGGAAUACUGCAACAUCAUCCUAAUGGGCGACUCUGGGGACCUCAGCAUGGCAGACGGUGCACCGAACGUAGAGAACAUCCUCAAGAUCGGCUUCCUCAACGACAAGGUGGAAGAGCGAUUGGACAAAUAUCUGGACUCUUAUGACAUCGUCCUGGUGAAGGACGAGACUCUGGAAGUGCCCAACGCCAUCCUCCAGAAGGUUCUAUAACUCCACCCCCAAGUCCCCCCCCCCCCCACUCCUCUCCUCCCAUCCCUUCCAGCCUCUGGCCUGUCAGGCUUUUAACACCAAACUAAACCUUUGUCACUGGUCCAAACUGGUCACUAUUUAACCUCUCCUCUCUCACUCUGGAUCCCACCAGAGUCAUCUCCUGACUCUGUAACCCCCCUGUACCCCCAUUCCCACCCUAUAAAAGCCUUUUAAAAGAC